AUGCACAGCCCGGCCAAUGCAGCGGGGGUGUCGGGCCCGAAGCCCUACCACCAACCCCCACCCGGGAAAUCACCCCGCGGUUCAUUACCAAAGUUCACUAGUACGGAGUGCACACGAAUGCUUGGACAAUACGGAGACGUGUUCCGCGCACACAUGUGCACAGUCAAAAAUUUGAAGAACUCCAACCUCCCCUACAAAGCUAGUAAAGGCUGA